AUGGCCGUGCGCUCCCGGCGCCCGUGGGUGAGCGUGGCAUUGGGGCUCGUGCUGGGCUUCACCGCCGCGUCCUGGCUCAUCGCCCCCAGAGUGGCCGAGCUGAGCGAGAGGAAGAGACGCGGCUCCAGCCUCUGCUCCUACUACGGCCGCUCGGCCGCUGGCCCCGGCGCUGGCGCGCAGCGGCCGCUCCCCCAGCCUCAGCCCCGGCCGCGGCUGGAGCAGUCGCCGCCCCCCGCGCGCCAGGAGCCUCAGGGGCCGCCGCUGCCGGAGGCAGCGCUCGGAGUAACCAGUUUUCGGAGCAGCCCCUGGCAACAGCCACCCCCGCUGCAGCAGCGGCGGCGAGGACGCGAGCCCGAAGGCGCAACCGGGCUGCCAGGCGCCCCCGUGGCCGAAGGGGAACCCGAGGAGGAGGACGGGGGCGCGGCUGGGCGGCGGAGAAGCGGCCGGCCGGGGAGUAGCCACAACGGCAGCGGGGACGGGGGCGCCGCCGCCCCGAGCUCCCGGCCCCGGGAUUUCCUGUAUGUGGGAGUGAUGACCGCGCAGAAGUACAUGGGCAGCCGCGCGCUAGCGGCGCAGCGGACCUGGGCGCGCUUCAUCCCCGGCCGCGUGGAGUUUUUUUCCAGUGAGCAGCGCCCCAUCGCCGGGAUGAGCCAACCCCCGCCGCCCCUGCCUGUCAUCGCGCUACCGGGGGUGGACGACUCCUACCCUCCCCAGAAAAAGUCCUUCAUGAUGAUCAAGUACAUGCACGACCACUACCUGGACAAGUAUGAGUGGUUUAUGCGCGCCGACGACGAUGUCUACAUCAAAGGUGAUAAGUUAGAAGAGUUCCUUCGAUCACUGAAUAGCAGCAAGCCUCUCUACCUGGGCCAGACUGGCCUGGGGAACAUUGAAGAACUUGGAAAAUUGGGGCUGGAGCCUGGAGAGAACUUCUGUAUGGGAGGACCUGGCAUGAUCUUCAGUCGAGAGGUUCUCAGGAGGAUGGUGCCACAUAUUGGUGAAUGCCUCAGAGAAAUGUACACGACCCAUGAGGACGUGGAAGUAGGACGGUGUGUUCGACGCUUUGGUGGAACUCAGUGCGUCUGGUCUUAUGAGAUGCAGCAACUGUUCCAUGAAAAUUAUGAGCAUAAUCGGAAGGGUUAUAUCCAAGACCUUCACAACAGCAAAAUCCACGCAGCCAUUACACUUCACCCCAACAAAAGGCCUGCCUACCAAUACAGGCUUCACAAUUACAUGCUCAGCCGCAAAAUUUCUGAACUUCGCUACCGCACCAUCCAGCUCCACCGGGAGAGUGCUCUGAUGGGCAAGCUCAGUAACAGUGAAGUGAGUAAGGAGGACCAGCAGCUGGGAGUGAUGCCGUCCUUCAACCACUUCCAGCCUCGGGAGAGAGAUGAAGUGAUAGAAUGGGAGUUCCUGACAGGGAAGCUCCUUUACUCAGCAUCUGAGAACCAGCCUCCACGACAGAGCAUCAACAGCAUCCUGAGAACAGCACUGGAUGACACGGUCCUCCAGGUGAUGGAGAUGAUCAACGAAAACGCCAAGAGUAGGGGACGGCUCAUUGACUUCAAGGAAAUUCAGUAUGGCUACCGCAGGGUUGAUCCCAUGCAUGGAGUGGAGUACAUUUUGGAUUUACUCCUCUUAUAUAAAAGACACAAGGGGAGGAAACUGACUGUGCCAGUGAGACGUCAUGCGUAUCUUCAGCAGUUGUUCAGCAAGCCUUUCUUUAGAGAAACUGAAGAGCUAGAUGUCAACAGGCUUGUGGAGAGCAUUAACAGCGACACUCAGUCGUUCUCCUUUAUAUCUAAUUCUUUAAAGAUUUUAUCUUCUUUUCAAGGUGCCAAAGACAUGGGAGGGCACAAUGAAAAGAAAAUACACAUCCUUGUCCCUCUCAUUGGAAGGUAUGACAUUUUCCUGAGAUUUAUGGACAACUUUGAAAAAACUUGUCUUCUUCCAAAGCAGAGUGUAAAGCUGGUCAUCACCCUUUUCAGUAGGGAUUCUGGCCAAGACUCCAGCAAGCAUGUUGAGCUGAUAAAGGAAUACCAGAACAGGUACCCUCAGGCAGAAAUGACCCUGAUCCCAAUGAAGGGAGAGUUUUCCAGGGGUCUUGGUCUUGAAAUGGCUUCUUCCCAGUUUGACAAUGAUACUUUGCUGCUAUUUUGUGAUGUUGAUUUGAUCUUCAGGGGAGACUUUCUCCAGCGAUGCAGAGAUAAUACAAUUCAGGGACAACAGGUGUACUACCCCAUCAUCUUUAGCCAGUAUGACCCAAAGGUAACCAAUGGGGGAAAUCCUCCCACUGACGAUGACUUUGUCUUCUCAAAGAAGACUGGAUUUUGGAGAGACUAUGGCUAUGGAAUUACCUGUAUUUAUAAAAGUGAUCUUCUGGGUGCAGGUGGAUUUGAUACCUCAAUACAAGGCUGGGGACUGGAAGAUGUCGAUCUCUACAAUAAAGUCAUUCUGUCUGGCUUAAGGCCCUUCAGAAGCCAAGAAGUAGGAGUGGUGCAUAUUUUCCAUCCAGUUCAUUGUGACCCUAACUUGGACCCUAAGCAGUAUAAGAUGUGUUUAGGAUCCAAGGCAAGUACUUUUGCCUCAACCAUGCAACUGGCCGAACUCUGGUUGGAAAAACAUUUGGGUGUCAGGUAUAAUCGAACUCUCUCCUGACAGUCCAGGCAACACAUACUGCCUUUUUAAAGGGGAGUUUACCUCAUUGUUGGUUGUUGUUAUUUUUAUUUUAUUAUUGUUAUUUUUAUUAUUAUAAUUAUUAUUGUUAUAAUUUUAUUUUGUUAUCCUGGUCUUAAACUACUCUUGGUUGUCUUCCAAAGGGUGUUUCUUGACCUCAAGCAAGAAGAGUCUGCAGUUCACUGAUAUUUCAGAUUUCUACUGAAGUCAAUUAUGUAUUACUUUUAUAUAUCUUUAUUCGAGAUCGAGUUAAAUCGUGGCAAUCAAAUGACUUUUGAAGCUCAUUCAUCGUGAGAGACAGCUUAAAGGAAUGUUCUCUUGGGGCUUAAAGAUGCAAUAUCGACUUUUAUUUUGUUUGUUAAAUUCAAUGUGAUACAAAUAUUUACUGGUGAAAGGUACCACAAAAGUGCUUUAUGCUUCCUAUGGGGAAGGGACUCUGUAACAUAAACUUGAGUUUUGUAAUUUAUACAAGGACUUAAAUAUAUAGACAAUAAUUUUCUUCAUCUUUAGAAUUUUUAAAGUAAAUGAACACUUAUGAUUGUAUGUUUAUUUUUUAAAAAAAGUUUUAAAAAUUGAGGAGUUUUGUUCCACAAGCAACCGGUACGGGCUACCCUGGUCUUCUGACAAUUAUGUACUCCUCACAACUGUCUGCUAUAAAUGCGAAUGAACUUUAUUUUCUCAAGGAAAUAUGAUUUAAUUAAAUAUUCAUGUACAUUUUAGAAGCUUUAUGAAACGAUGUCCUUCAUUUGCUGGCAAGAAGAUAAAAUAUGACAGAACCUGGUUAUUUAUAAUAAAACACAGGUAUAACAGUAAUCUUUUUCAAAAACACUGAAAAGUUUGUGUUGUUUCCUUUCAGUCAUAUUGUUGUAUUUCAUAGAGGUCAUGCUCACCAAAAUGUGCUUACUAUAGAGACUGGAAAA